AUGAGUUCUUCUGGUUUCUACGAGCUGUAUCGUCGAAGCACGGUUGGUUCCACACUGGUGGAUGCACUCGAUACCCUGAUAAGUGACGGACGCAUCGAGGCUUCACUCGCGAUGAAAGUACUUGGUACAUUCGAUAGAGUGGUUGCUGAGACGCUCAAGGAUAAGACACAGAGUAAGCUAACGUUUAAGGGUCAUCUUGACACAUAUCGGUUCUGCGAUGAUGUGUGGACAUUUAUUAUAAAGAAUUGCAGCGUGAAGCUUGAACAAACAGAAGAUGCUCAAGGCAACACCGUUGUGGUCGACAAAGUACGAAUUGUGGCCUGCAAUUCCAAGAAAACAGGUGAACAAUAA